GCCCAUUUUAUUAUUUAUGAAGUGAAACAACUGCGCUUUUCGUCAAUGGGUACUUCAUACUUUUGAAAGUAUACUUCCUUACUCUCACUGUUUAAAUACAUUAGAUGCAAUGGACGGCAUUGUUAUGUGCGGAUUUGUUUAGUGAUCUAGAUAGGUAGUACAGGAACUAGCUGUUCGUUGUCCUGCUUUUACACAUUUAAUACACUCGAUAGACUACAGGCGAAUCAUGCUUUUGCUGCAUACAGUGUUAGCUUCGUCUUAUAUUCUCAUAAUAGCGUCUGUAUUUGAAACUGGGGCGAGCACAAGUCCAAGCAGAAUAGAAUCUAACCUGGUGAGGCUAGAUUAUAUUAAGGACGAAUUCGAUGCCAUUCACACAAAGAAAAAACAUAUUAAUUUCAGAUCUCACAAAAAGGUAAAUCCGAUCUACAAUACAGGGUUUCAGCCAGGUGACGCUGCACCUGCAUUCCAGAUUAAAACAUUGGACGGGGAAUUUGUGUACCCACCACCUCUUGGCUUAAAUGGUUCAUUAGUUAUCCACGCAUUUACCAACAAGUCAGCCUUCCUGGAAUGUCUAUGGACUUCGCAAGCUUCACUAACCGACUUGGUACAAUACCUCCCUGAAAGCUGUCAUGUGCUUUUCCUAACAUUUGACGACGCAGCUGCACGUGAUGCUCUGUGGAUGCAGGAGCAAAUUCUCCGCGCAGCAGCGCACAGGAAAGAUGUCUUGUCCAGAGUACAUAUUUCACCUGUCCCUGUCCAUGCACUUGGGAACUGGAUACCCAGUGUGCUGUACUCCUGGAUGUGCAGUGGACACAACUGUGGUCUGGCCCAGGUCACUUUUUCCUCUACAGAAUGGGACAUGCCUGUGGUUGUCAAGCGACUGGAUGCCAGGUAUGAUUGGUUGAUGGGGCGCUGGGAUCAGAGGUCAUACAGCCUGAUUGGUGCAGGUGAUGGAUGUCAGCCCUGUGCCACGGUGUCUGCGGCAGUAGCGUGGGUAUCUGAGGGAAACUGCUCAUUUUUCACAAAGGUGCAGAACAUGGCUGCCUCGAAGGCGGUGGGAGUCCUGGUGUACGCGUCACUGGGAAGCCCCAUCCAGGACAUGAAUUGUGAGGGGGAGGAGUGUUCCACGGCGCUGAGUAUCCCUGCCUCCAUGGUGCAUCUGGAGCCCUCCGUGGAACAGGCACUGCUGAAAAUGCAGCAAGUGAGCGUGUCAUUCCAAACCACCCCUUCUCCAAACUUCUUCUUUGGUAUUGACCAGCAAGGGGCAUUGGCUGAGAUGGGUUGGUUCCUCUACCCCACCUUCAGAUUCAUCAGCUGGCAAGCCCAGUGGUUUGAUUAUUCCAGACAGCUGCAGGAGCAACUACACAGCCCAGCACAGGUGCUCAGUGUGUUUGACAAUGUGCUGAUGCAGGGUCAGGAGGGGGCUGUCGCCACAGUGAACCUGCCUGCAGAUAUGGUGAAUUUUGAUGUGCUGGAGUUGGAUGCAUCCCUGUCUUGUCCUGGGAAAAGGGAUGAGACGUGUGCUCAUUGGGAUCACACUGUGCAGCUGUUUGUGUGCUGCGAUUAUUUCAGUCCCUACUGCAACAUGGAACUUGGCCGUUGGAUCACGGCAUUCCGCAGAGGGACUGGGCAUUGGCUGACUGAUGUCUCCCCGCUGUUGCCCUUGCUGAACAAUGGAAAAUGUGCCUUCACCAUGAAGACAGUGCCUUGGGCAAUGCCAUGGGUAACAUCCUUGAACCUGCGAUUCAGCAGUAGCAAUCAUUCAGGUCAAUAUUCUGACAAACCUUACCCAUUCGCACUGAUGCCCCUGUACAAUGGAGGAACCUUUGAUAAGGACUAUAACCAGGGCUACCAGCCAAUCAAGUUCACUGUGCCAACUUCAACUAAAAAAGUGGAGAUAUAUGCUGUAAUCACCGGACAUGGAAGUGAUGAGAACGACUGUGCUGAGUUCUGUGUGACAUCGCAUCAUUUCCUGGUCAAUGGCGUGGUCAAUAAUUCGCGCAUCUUCGACUCUGCUGGGACUCCCCUGGGGUGUGCGGUCCGGGCACAGGAGGGAGCCGUGCCCAACGAACACGGCACCUGGCUUUACGGCCGUGGCGGCUGGUGUGAUGGGCUUCAGGUCAAUCCUUGGAGAAUUGACAUCACUGGCCAGCUAGACAUGAGUGGACCCAACACCAUAUUGUACUUUGGUUUGUAUGAAGGGCAGGACCCCAACCCCUCAAGUAACCCUGGUUAUAUUGUGAUGUACUCCUACCUUGUGUUCCAUAAGUAAUGCUUUAGUGGAAAACUGAUGACCUUCUUCUUUAUUUGAAUGAUUGUAAAUGUCAAUGAUGAAUGAAAACUGAAUAAAGCUUUAUUUCAGAAUA